AUGCGCGGUAGUACAAUUAAUUCAAACGUGCUGACGUCAUGUAUUGGACUACAACAAGCAAUUACGACAAAUCGUGAUGAAUACCGACCUAAUUCAUAUACGGGCAAAAAUUUCUAUGAGGACGACAAUUAUCGAUCUUGUCUCGAUUUGCUGGAUGGCGGCUAUGAAAUAUCUCAAGAUCUGAUUGAGAUGAUGGAUAGUUACUGCGAAAUAUAUCGUCAGUUUUCUCGUAGUUUAAUGUCAUUCAGUGAAAAUUGGUGUAAACGUAUUCAGCGGCAGAAUACGCUAUGUUCUUAUCAUACGACAAAACAAGCUCAAUUGGAAACUAUUAAAACGGCAAAAAAAAUAGCCGUGAUCGAACAAAAGCGUAUUGGUAACAUUCAAAAAGUGGUCGAAAAAUAUAGAAAAAUUGUCGAUAACACAUACAUAACCACUCGUUUCUCGUCUCAUCAACAUCGUCGAACAAAAGAAUUCAAGAAACAAUUUAAAGCAGCUUAUUCAAUAUUGAAUGACUGCAAAUCAAAAUUAGACAACCUAAAACAAGAACAGAAAAAAG